AUGGCCUCGAAUAAACGCAAGGUUGACGCCGCCAUCUCACCUCCCCCAGUGAAGCGCAAGGCGCAGAGCUCCAUCACCAAGAGCUCCGUCGCCAGUUUCUUCACGCCCACCUCGCAAAAGCCAAAGGAGCGGACGGUAUGGUCUGAAAGAACGCCUGACGAGGAUACGCCUGCCACAUUGCUGGUCGGACGCUACGAGCCCGAGAACGAAACCGAGGCCGAACAAGAUCGAAGGAAACGGAAAAAGGUUGCUGCAUUUGAUUUGGACUCGACCUUGAUCACGACUGCCUCGGGCAAGAAAUUCGGAGACGAUCCGGCAGAUUGGAAAUGGUGGCAUUCGUCGGUGCCGUCCAAGCUCAGGCAACUUUACGAGGACAACUACCGGAUUGUAAUACUUAGCAAUCAGGGCGGACUGAUACUGCAUCCUGACCCAAAGUCCAAGGGUCCAAAGGCCGGCGCCAAGGCCAAAGUCGACAAGUUCAAGCAAAAAUGCAGUGCGGUGCUGACGCAGCUCAAUCUGCCCACAACAUUAUAUGCAGCCACCGGCAAGGACAUUUACCGAAAACCGCGGGCAGGCAUGUGGAAAGAACUCUGCGAAGACUACAAUAUUCCUCAGGAUGAGGUCGACUUUGAGCAUAGCAUUUUUGUUGGCGAUGCUGGUGGGCGCAUCGCCGUGCUCAAGGGCGACACGUCUGUUGCAAAGGACUUUAGUUGUUCAGAUCGCAACUUUGCACACAAUGUGGGGAUUCCAUACACAACGCCGGAAGAAUUCUUCCUUGAAGAGAACCCACGCGAGUUUUCUCGAGACUUUGACGUGACGAAGCAUCCUUAUUCGGAGGAUAGUGACAAUCUUGUCUUUGACAAGCAAAACGAACAGGAUAUCGUUCUAUUUGUAGGACCUCCAGGUGCUGGAAAGAGCACAUUCUAUUGGAGAAACCUGAAGCCGUUGGCAUACGAACGCAUCAACCAAGAUACUCUCAAGACGCGCGCCAAAUGCUUCAAAGUGGCAGCCGAUGCCCUGUCUGAUGGCUUAUCGGUAGCCAUUGACAACACGAAUCCGGACGCUGACGGCCGUGCAGAGUGGGUAGCUCUCGCAAAGAAGCACAACAUGCCCAUCCGCUGCGUCUGGUUCAAGACACCACUUGAGCUCUGCAAACACAAUGACACCGUCCGAGCUCUGAAUAAGCCGAUGAAUCCCGAGGCCCGAACAGUACUUCCACAGCUCGCCUUUAAUGGCUUUGGAUCUAGGUUCAAAGAGCCAAAAGCCAAGGAAGGGUUUCAGGAUGUUAUCGAGGUUGAGUUCAAGUUCAAGGGCACGAAAGAGGAACACGAUAUUUGGGGACAAUACUGGACGUAA